AUGGGUCGAUUCGACUACGACUACGACUACGACUACGACUACGACUACGACUGCGACUGCGACUGCGACUACGACUACGACUACGACUACGACUACGACUCCUCUUCCCAACCUCUUUCACGGAGCGUCCAUGGCGCUGAUACCACGGAGCGAUCAUUCUGUGCAACCGGCGAGUUAAUCCAUCGGACGCGACGACGCGACCGAAUGACUUCCACGACGGGCUGUCAAUGGACUCUUCUGUUCGACCACAUGAUUCGAUACAGAAUAACAAACAAACGAAUGAAAGAGAUGGGGGAGGAUUCAUUUGUUUUGAACUGGAUGAGGUCGUACGUCCUACAAUCUGGGGCUGCUUCCAGCGAUUGAUCGCAAUGGAGGAUUCGAUUGCUACUACUAGUACUAUUAACC